AUGUCCACCACCGAAACUGUUACCGCUCCAGAGAGCUACAAGCUCGAGCUCAUGUCUGCCUAUGGCACCGUAUUCCGCGAUGUCCUGAAAACCCCACCCCGGGACUGCAACGCCUCCGAGGUUCCUGUCAUCGAUCUCUCCAACAUCCGCGGCACCGAGUCAGAGCGCAAGGCCCUUGCUGCCACCAUCCGUUUUGCUGCUCAGAAUACGGGUUUCUUUUAUAUUAAAAAUCAUGGUAUCCCUAAAGCGACCAUUGACGCAGCUUACAAGCAGGCGCAGACCUUCUUCUCCCAGCCCGACGAGAAGAAGGCGCUCAUCACGCAAAAGAAGUCCAAGUUUUUCAACGGGUGGACGGCAAAACGCGCAGCCCAGAUCUCUCCAACGGAAACCAAGGACCACCGCGAGGGCUUCAGCUUCCGUUAUGACCCGCGGCAUGAUCCCGAGACCAAGGACCCGGACGCCGUGCCAGAAGCUGUGAAGCCAUGGAUGAAGCAUGAGGACUUUGUGUGGGAAGGAACGAGCCAUUUGCCGGGCUUCAAAGACGACAUGGUCGCCUAUUGGCAAAGUUGCAUAACGCUUGCGAGAAGCCUCAUCAGGAUCUUCGCUUUAGCGUUGGAUGUGCCGGAAAACUACUUUGAUGAUAUCAUCACAUAUCCCGGAAGUGACAGCGUGGUCAACUACUACCCCAAGAACACCGAACCGCAAGAUACAACUAUCGAUGUCGGUCUUGGAGCACACACCGACUUGCAGUGCUUCACCCUGCUUUGGCAAGACACGGUUGGCGGACUCCAGGUUCUCACAAAAGAAGGCCAGUGGGUCAAAGUGCCGCCGGUUCCCGACACCUUCGUCGUCAACAUUGGCGAUUUCCUCCAGAGACUGUCCAACGAUCGUUUCCAGUCGACAGUGCAUCGUGUCUACAACUACACUCCCGAGGACCGGUACUCAAUGCCCUUCUUCUUCGGUUUCAACCACAACGAGCAGUGCUCCGUCUUGCCGACGUGCACAGAUGAGAAGAACCCGCCGAAGUACGAACCGAUUAGCUGUGGCGAGUGGUGUCGGCAGAGAUUCCAAAAGACUUUUGAGUAUUCAAAAUCGAAAUCGGAGCUGGCCAAAUAA